GUAAGCAGUCGGAGAUAUAUAUCAGCCCGGCUCCCCGCCAAAUCAUGGCACAACCCAUUCGCAUAUGGUGAAGACCGACGCCUGGUAGGUUCAAGUGCAGCUUCUGAAACAUGUUACUACGAUGUCUUGUCCAGAGCCGACAUUUCCAGGUUGCCCAUAUCCAGUUGCUCCUCAAAGCUGAUCGAACAGACCAUCUACCAAUCCAGCCCAGCGGCCGAUCACUGGGUUUGAGGAAUGCUGUUUCAAGAUGACGUCUGAUAUUACACAGCGACCCCUCCCCCGGAGUAGCCUUUGGGGCCAGGCACAAGAGGCAAAUCAAGCAGAUCGAUGUACAUCGUACAUCGUAUGCACAUGUAGAUCAUCCGCAUCUCAACCGCAUAUGUGCUACCCGCAGGACAAUGUCUACGAAUUGCAAGUACCUGCCUCAUGCUGCGGACUCGAGAUAUCCCUGCAUGGCCGAAGAUCAGUGUCCACUGGAAUCGAAAUAUAUGCCUUGGUAGCGUCAGCUGCGUCACUGCGCGCCGACUGAGGAUCGAAGUGUGGGCAUACGACAUACUCCAUGCAUACCGUUGCGUGGAUAACCGUUGGGCCCUUGUCAGUCGAAGUAUCUGGAUUGCAUCAUCCAAAUCCAAGUGAUACCCAUGAAGAUGAUUCUGUCGACAAAGAAAGUCUACCCGCAAUUAUCCGGGAAAUAAUCCGGGAGAGCAAGAGAUGAGUGAGAUGGCGAAUUCGACUUCUUCUCGGCCCCGACACUAAAAACGGCACAGAUUUUCAAGGUAGUAAGGACGAGGGCACAUCUGAUAACUCCAAACGCAAUGCAACUGCUACAUCGGAGUAUUCCGCAUUAUGCGGACAACAAUCGCAUUGAAGACGAAGCGGUCAAAAGAAGGGUCUGCGGCUCUGCAUCCUAAGAGCAUCAUGAAUCAAGCUUGUGAUGCGCCUCGCCGCCUGGUUGUAUCCAUCUUUCCCCUGCUUUGGCAGUGCUCGCGCCAGGUAUCUAAGAAUAGGCGUGGAAACCGACUAGAAGACAGAAACCUCACAUUAGUCGCUGCUCCGCCUGGAAGUGAAGGUCCGCGUCUCCAUAAUCCGCCCACCAGCGGAUUCAGUAGUUUUGCAAAUUUCAGUAGCAAUACCGUAUAGCGAAAUUGGGUGGCGGUGCCAGUGUGCCACCGAACCAAUUCCUAAGGCAUUUUGAAACGAUGAGCAACCAGUGAACAUGACAGAUCUCAUUAAACACUCCACCAUAUAGGCCGUCAAUCGGCGCUGAUUGGGCGUUGAUGAGAUUUCUUUCGAGUUUUGGCAUAAUUAAGGAUGUUGAACUAGCGGCCUCGCUGUGGCACCCGGAUCCCCGAGUAACCAACAGACGGCAAACACGGUUGAGGCCGGCCACCAGCGCCCACAGGCCUAUAUUUGGCGAUGGCUUGACCACUUUUGGUUAUAUCGGAUGACCCCGCCCCCUGAAAUAUUUCCGUCUGUAUUGAAGAUCAGCGGAUCUGACCAUACGCUGCUGCAAAUAUUCGGCAUCAUGAAAUCACCAUCGUCGUUGUUGUCUCGGGGGCUGGAAGCUGAGGGCAAGGGUAAAUUCAGAGAAUGACAUUCCUCAGGUCGUCAUCUCGUGGGCCGGGAAACGAUGCUGGCAAGGGGUGAGGAAUGCUGCAUCUAUCCCAGCUGGAGACGUUGAUAAUUGACAACUUUCAAUAGCCUGCAAUAGAUGGAUCAAAUGGUGUCAACAAGACUUGCGAUGCCUCAAUACUUCAGGGGUCAGCGAAUGAAAAGAGCGAGGAGAAUUUGAAGCAGAGUCAAGACCUCCUGCAGAUGGUUGUUUUACGAGAUGGUCUUAAGACUGCUGAAAGAAGCCCUGAAGUGUUGAUCAAUCAUCAAAGCGAAAAAUACGCAAAAAAGUCGUGUGUACUGGAUGAGAUUGGUCAGUUGCGGGGUGUGGGCUUUGAUGGCUUGAAAAAUUUGGUCUGUGUCGUCCUCUUGACCCAUCGGUUCAAGAUGUACCACCUGCCUCACCGCCAGCACAACAUGAAGCAGCCGAGAAGAAGAUGUCUUGAACUGGUGACGACGGGAGGCAAAGAGUAUCAAGGAUGAAAGUGCUCACUUGCUAGAAGGCUUCAAUCAGAAGAUGAAAAGUGAUGAUAAACAAUUUGAUCAGCAAAGAUCAGUCUUUUCUUAGAGCCUGGAGGUGCAGUAGUCUGCCAGUAAGCUUGCGCUUGUUCACCAGCCCCAGGCCAGUGGUAAGGAAUCCUAGCCAUUCCGAGCCCCCGUUCCAAACCACCAAGAGGGAAAAAAAGACGCCAGGAGACUCAAGACACCCUUCUUCAGAACCUUGAAAGGGAAAAAAAAUUCCAGCUGUUAAUUUUCACUGCAAACUGCUUUCUUUAGACGCAUCCUCUGUCAGGUCAGAGAACCAAUCUCAACCAAGAUCAGGUUGCCUUUGGCCUCCCAUUUCUUACCACGGGUGAAUCUGUGAGGCUAAAUAUACUGGAGCCACCUCCUGCUCUCCCAUCUCGCUGUCUCACCUCUGCCUCUGUGUUUUUUUGGGGCCUCCUCUCAGCCCUGGCGGCUUCCUCCACGUUCCUGCUCUGCCUGCGCCUCUCGCUCAGCUUCCGACCCUUUACGCAUCCGCUUUUACGCACUGCUUUAUUACCCAUCUGUUUCUCUCGUUCCAUCUUUCCUCUUCAUUCCCCUCGCUCUUGUCGCUUUGUUCUUCUUUCUUCAUUGUUCUCCUGUCCGUGCCGCGUGGACCUGUAAAACGCGGGCUGACUUGUUUGACCUUCCCAAGUCGGACCAACCGCACUUCCACGGUCUCCUCGUUUCCCAGAUACCCCCUUCCUCUCGAGUCCUUGCGUUCUGCUUCUACUUGAGUUUGCUUUAUCUCGCACGCACGCCUAAAUCGCACUUUAAUUGCGCAUCAUCACCAUGGCCUACCACGGCUCUGGGUCCCAGUCACCUGGGGGAAAUAAUUUCAAUGAUGAAAGCCAUCGCCUCCAGGAUCUCGGUCACAGCAACAACACUUCUUACGAAGAAGAAGCCUCGCGGGGAUUACUCUCCAGCCAGCAAAGUCCUUUCGCCGGCCCCUUCGAUGACCCCCAUCAGCAGCGUGGCCUUACCGCUUCGCCUGUUCAGCGACCUACGUCUGGAUACAGUUUAACGGAGUCUUAUGCUCCUGACGCCGGUUUCCACGACCCAUACAGCAGCAAUGCAUCGGCUUAUUCCGGCCACUCGGAGAACCCUGCUGCUGCCUUUGGUGUUCCGGGUCGUGUAGCAUCACCAUACGCCCGUAGCGAAACUUCAUCCACAGAAGCUUGGCGCCAGCGACAGGCUCCAGGGGCCAAUAACGGGGGUGGCGGUGGCCUUCGUCGUUAUGCUACCCGAAAAGUUAAGCUUGUUCAAGGUUCCGUCCUGAGUGUGGACUAUCCGGUGCCUAGCGCUAUCCAAAACGCGGUUCAGGCCAAAUACAGGAACGAUUUGGAGGGCGGAAGCGAAGAAUUCACACACAUGCGAUACACCGCGGCCACGUGUGAUCCCAACGAAUUCACCCUUCACAAUGGCUACAAUCUUCGCCCGGCGAUGUACAACCGACACACAGAGUUGCUGAUCGCCAUUACCUACUAUAACGAAGAUAAGACGCUCACCGCCCGUACCUUGCACGGUGUCAUGCAAAAUAUCCGAGAUAUCGUCAACCUCAAAAAGUCCGAGUUCUGGAACAAGGGCGGCCCUGCUUGGCAGAAGAUUGUUGUCUGCUUGGUUUUCGACGGUAUCGACCCUUGCGACAAGGACACUCUGGAUGUCCUUGCGACAGUCGGUGUGUACCAGGAUGGUGUCAUGAAGCGUGACGUUGAUGGAAAGGAAACCGUGGCUCACAUUUUUGAGUACACUACUCAGCUUUCCGUUACUCCCAACCAGCAGCUCAUCCGGCCCACUGACGAUGGGCCGAGCACCCUUCCUCCCGUGCAGAUGAUGUUUUGUCUUAAACAAAAGAACAGCAAGAAGAUCAACUCUCACCGAUGGCUUUUCAACGCUUUUGGUCGUAUCCUAAACCCCGAAGUUUGCAUUCUUCUCGAUGCCGGUACGAAGCCCGGGCCCAAGUCCCUGUUGUAUCUGUGGGAGGCUUUCUACAACGACAAGGAUCUCGGAGGUGCCUGUGGUGAAAUUCACGCCAUGUUGGGUAAAGGUUGGAAGAAGUUGCUAAACCCCUUGGUCGCGGCUCAAAACUUUGAGUACAAGAUCAGUAACAUUCUCGACAAGCCUCUCGAAAGUUCUUUCGGUUAUGUCAGUGUGUUGCCUGGUGCUUUCUCUGCUUACCGAUUCCGUGCGAUCAUGGGCCGUCCGUUGGAACAGUACUUCCACGGUGACCACACGCUUUCAAAGCAGCUCGGAAAGAAGGGUAUUGAGGGCAUGAACAUUUUCAAGAAGAACAUGUUCUUAGCUGAGGAUCGUAUCCUGUGUUUCGAGUUGGUGGCCAAGGCGGGCUCCAAAUGGCAUCUUUCGUAUGUCAAGGCCUCCAAAGGUGAAACCGACGUGCCGGAAGGUGCUCCUGAAUUCAUCUCCCAGCGCCGUCGUUGGCUGAACGGUUCGUUCGCUGCCGGUAUCUAUUCGCUCAUGCAUUUCGGUCGUAUGUACAAGAGUGGUCACAACAUCAUCCGAAUGUUCUUCCUGCAUCUGCAAAUGUUGUACAACUGGUUUUCUACCAUUUUGACUUGGUUUUCUCUUGCGUCUUACUGGCUUACCACUACGGUUAUUAUGGACUUGGUGGGAACUCCCAGCGAUAGCAACGGCAAUACUGCUUUUCCCUUCGGUGAAGAUGCGACUCCCAUCAUCAACACCCUGGUCAAAUAUAUCUACCUCGCCUUUUUGCUGCUGCAGUUUAUCCUUGCCCUGGGUAAUCGUCCUAAGGGAUCCAAAUUCUCCUACCUCGCAUCUUUCGUGGCUUUCGGUAUCAUCCAGAUAUACGUCGUUGUCGAUGCGUUGUACUUGGUCGUUCGAGCGUUCAGUGGAAAGAAUGCCAUUGAUUUCAACACCGACGAAGGUAUUGGUCCGUUCUUGAGCUCGUUCUUCGGAUCUAGCGGUGCCGGUAUUAUCAUUAUCGCUCUUGCUGCCACCUUCGGUCUUUACUUCGUUGCAUCCUUCAUGUACUUGGACCCCUGGCACAUGUUCACAUCUUUCCCUGCCUAUAUGGCCGUUCAGUCGUCUUAUAUCAACAUCCUGAACGUCUAUGCCUUCAGCAACUGGCACGAUGUGUCAUGGGGUACCAAGGGUUCCGACAAGGCUGAUGCUCUUCCCUCGGCCAAAACCACCAACGAUGGAGGCAAAGAGGCAGUUAUUGAGGAAAUUGACAAGCCCCAGGCCGAUAUUGACAGUCAGUUCGAGGCAACCGUCAAGCGUGCUUUGACACCCUAUGUUGCUCCAGUCGAAAAGGAAGAGAAGUCCCUUGAUGACUCCUACAAGAGUUUCCGUACCAGACUUGUCACAUUCUGGCUCUUCAGUAACGGUCUCUUGGCCGUCUGCAUUACUAGUGAGGGUCUGGACAAAUUCGGAUUCACGAACACCGCCACUGAGCGUACCUCGCGCUUCUUCCAAGCCCUUCUGUGGUCUAACGCCGUUAUUGCGCUUAUCCGUUUCAUCGGAGCCACUUGGUUCCUUGGAAAGACUGGUCUCCUCUGCUGCUUCGCCCGGCGGUAGAUGGGACUUAUCCCUUAAUGAAAAGUGAAACAAAAGAUACCUUGCAAAUGGAUGUGUUGCAUGGGAUCCAAGGAGUUAUUCUUGGCACAUUUUGUUGCGAUAUUGUAUUUUACAUAUGAUGCUUAUUCUCCCUUGUUGUCCUCGUUUAUUUGCGGCGCCCACUGAGAUAUCAGUUUUGACGGAGGUGCAGGAUCCCUUGACGCUUGUAGACUUUUAGUGGCUAAAUUCAAUGACAUUUCAAGAGUG